AUGGCAUCUCAGCCCCGCGGCGUCCGCCUGGGGAAACGCCCAUCGUAUGAGUUGGGCCCCGGCCCCUUCCCGUCCGUGCUUCGGGUGCGUACCGAGGCGCCAGAGCACUUCGAAGCGUCAGAGACUCACACUCUCACAUAUCACACAAUGACAGCGAUCGAUCCGCAAACUGCGCCUCAUGCCUCCCCGCAUGCGCCCCCUCAUCUCCCCCUAAUCCUGCAAAACUCCCUCGUCAACUCCUCAUCAGCGCCCUCGGGCAGCGGUCCCGUCGCAACCUCCUCGUCGUCCUCGGUGCAGUAUCCCUCGGAUAGAUGGACCCAUACGCCGCAGGCUGCUAUCUCACCGGUCGCCGUCAUCGGUCACUUUUCGAUAAUGUUUCCGCCGAGGGAGGUUGUGCUCCUUUCGGAGCGCCAUGCCGUCGUGGAAGAAUCCUUCGUACAUCUUGAGGAGGUCUGCUUCGGGGACUUUGCCGAAGGUGACGCUGUUGCGCGGCAUGGGGGACCGGAUUGCUUGGGAGGCGCGGGCGAGCUCGGGGGCGGAGGUGGGGAGGCGGUGGGAUAG